AGUACACUAUUCUAAUUCUCUCUCUCUUAACAAACGGGUUUUAAUCCAUUCGAUAAAGAUCAUGAACCUUGAAGAGAAACCAACCAUGGCUUCAAGGGCUUCAUCUCAAGCCGAACAUCUCUAUUACGUCCGGUGCAGCAUCUGCAACACUAUCCUCGCGGUUGGAAUACCAUUGAAGAGAAUGCUUGACACUGUAACGGUGAAAUGUGGCCAUUGUGGUAACCUCUCGUUUCUCACAACAAGCCCUCCUCUUCAAGGCCAUGUCAGCCUCACCCUUCAGAUGCAGAGCUUUGGUGGGAGUCAUGAGUAUAAGAAGGGAAGCUCUUCUUCCUCCUCCUCCUCUACCUCCAGUGACCAGCCACCAUCUCCGAGACCACCCUUUGUCGUUAAACCUCCUGAGAAGAAACAGAGACUUCCAUCAGCUUACAACCGCUUCAUGAGGGAUGAGAUACAACGCAUAAAGAGUGCGAAUCCGGAAAUACCACAUCGUGAAGCUUUCAGCGCGGCUGCGAAAAAUUGGGCUAAGUACAUACCCAAUUCUCCUACUUCCAUCACUUCCGGAGGCAACAACAUCAAUGGUUUGGGAUUUGGUGAGAAGAAAUGAAAUCCCAAGGAAAAGCCUAAAAAUAACAAACGCACGUGUGCGAGUCCAAACUUUCCUGCGAAGGGUUUAAUUUAUGGCGUCGUUUUUCUCAUCUUGUGUUGUUGAUGUUGUUUUAAGUUCGUGUGUAUUUUCUGUUGUAUGUCUCUCAUGUAACAGAAAUGAUGUUGCCUUUAACUAGUUUAUGACUUUAUAUUUCUGUUCUGUCUGUCUUAGAUUUGAAAGUUACGUUACUUUGCUUAUGCUGUCUUCUUUUGGACGUUUAUGUCGGGACUUUAAAUUUGUCUUAAAUCCUAUCAA